AUGAACGUGCGAGGCUUACUCGUGCCGUGCAAUGUAUAUAUGAUGCUGAUUCGUACACAUGCAUUGUUUAUCCUUGUACGAGCUUAUUCGUGUACGUGCGAUGUUUAUCCAUUUACGAGUGAUGCUUAUUCAUGUACGUGCGAUGUUUAUCCAUUUACGAGUGAUGCUUAUUCAUGUACGUGCGAUGUUUAUCCAUAUACUUGUGGGAUUAUAUUUGGGCAUAUUGACGCUAAUGAGCAGAUAAAAUGUAUAGGUAAAUGUUAA